CUCAAAAGAAGACGGUGUUCAUCACAUUUGUCAUCGACUGCGUCAUGGAAUCUUCGGUGGAAGUCUCCUGCCGAGCAGCAGCAUCGAUCAUGGUUUGACAAAUUGAUUCGUAUUGUGGCGUUGCCAUCCCCUCCCUAUAAAGUCUGGAUCAUGGCAGGGGAAACAUGAAUUGUUGUGCUCAACAUCAUCUACUGUACUCAACUUCAUCCACUACUCUUACGAAAGUCCUUCAUAUCCCUUCUACUCGGAACCCUUAAGUCAUGGCUCCUAAGAUUCUAUUCGUCCUGACCAGCUGCGGCGAGAUGAGCAAUGGGAAACCCACUGGGUGGUAUUUGCCUGAGUUUGCUCGGCCCUACUACCACCUGGUAGGUGACGAUGAGGCCAACCCUCAGGCCGAAAUCAUCGUGGCGUCUCCUGCCGGUGGCAUGGCGCCGAUCGAUGAAGGAUCGGUCAAGAACUUCCAAAACGACCCCAUCUCAGUCAAGUUCUUUGAAUCCCAGAAGAAGCUUUGGGAGACCACGAAGCCCUUGAAGGAUUUCCUAGGCAAGGCAUCCGAAUUCGACGCCAUCUUUUAUCCAGGCGGCCACGGACCCAUGUUCGACCUAGUCAAGGACAAGACCUCUCUUCAGUUAAUUGAAGAGUUUUACAAGGCCGGCAAGACUGUUGCGGCUGUCUGUCAUGGGCCUAUUGUGUUUGUUAAUGCCACGGUGGACGGCAAGCCGCUUCUUGAAGGCCGUAGGGCAACCGGGUUCAGUAACGCAGAGGAAGAUGCUGUUGGUCUUACUGGGGCUAUGCCGGUCUUGCUCGAGGAUGAGGUCAAGCGAGUCGGGGGUAACUAUGUCAAGGCCGAGCAGCUCUGGAAGGAGAUGGUUGUUGUGGAUGGCCAGAUUAUUACUGGUCAGAACCCUGCUUCUGCUCAAGGUGUCGGUGUUGCGUUGGCCACUGCCGUCGGCUUAUAAUGAGUGCAGUUGAGGGUGGCUGUUUAUAUGGAGCAUUUUCAAGACUGCUUAGAGAUUCUACGCAGCACAGUGGAAUAGUCUUCACGAUGAUAGAAAUUCUUGGGGUGGUCUUAGUUCAACUUUGCUAGAUAUUCUUGAUGCCAAUCAAACCUACAAUACCAUUAAACCACAAGUGGCAUCAGCACCCACCCAGUCUUUCCUCACUAGCCAUAUCACAAUUACUCUG